UUAUACCAUAUUUUUUGUAUCAAUAUUUUUUCUGUGUCUAAUUAUAUCUCUGGCCAAAUAAUACAGCUAAUCUUUUUUUUUACAAAGGUGCCAUUUAUUCACGCAUUUACUCAUGCAGGUGACUUCAGAUGAAAUCAUCUUUCCUAUCAGGACUCAAUCUACAAUGAUGGCAGGGCUUCGAGGGGGGAAGGAAGACUUUGCAAGCGCCAGUCCCCUCCCCUUCUCCUCCUCCUCCCUCCCGGACCCUGGCAGGUACAGGCGCUCUUCUCUGGCUCCCUCUGCAGCCACUGAGGGUGUGAGCAGCAGAGGCAACCAGACCUUCAAUGGCGCCCUGCGCAGGUCAUCAAUGAAUAUGUCAUUCAACAACCCUUAUCGCAAAUCAUCGCUGGUCAAAGCAAGCUUCAUGGGAAACAGGAGCAACCUUAACGUGUCCUUCCAAUUGGCGGACGACAUAGCACAGCGAAAGAUCAAUACCAUCGUGAGCAAGUUCGAACAACAACAACAACAGCAGCCGAAGUCCUACUCAGACACCACGACAACAGCCACCAUUAGCACAAUGAGAAGCAAAAGUGCUUUUUCCUCUGCUCCAAUCCCAACUUCACACCCCCACAGUCAACGCAAUGAGUCGAAGGCUCCGAUCACUGUCGGAGGAGGAUCAGAAGCAGUGGACGGGACUCAUCUUGAUAAUGUCAGCGAGAAAAAAGACAUGACGACAACAGCUAUUGAUAUGGACAACAUUGAGUACGAGGUGCGAAAAACGACAGAGCUGAUCAGAGAGAUGACUGUCAAGUUGGCCGAAAGAGACAAGAUGCAGGAGCAGGCAGAGGAGCAGAAGAAAGCAGUGAAACAGUUCACAGACCAGAAACGAGACAGAUACUUUGAAGCUGCCAAUGACAACGUGCAAUUGGUUGAAUGCCUCAAGUCAAAAAACGAAAAGUGUUCUAAGCUGGCGCAUAAGAUUGAACAAACUACGCAGGAGUUGGAGGAAACCAGAUACUCCAUCAGUAGGCUGAGUGUGGCGGACAAUGACCUCUGUGCCCUGAAGAACACACACGUGAGACUGCACAACACUCUCAACAGACAGAGGAGACUGAUGGAUGACGUCACUGCAGACUCCAGUCGCCAGAUGAACAAACCAGUGCAUGGUGGAGCAGACUUUGCCAGUCAGAUGCAGUUGAGAGCUGAGCGGGAUUCGAACUCCCAUCUCGACGCAGUUUUGUACAAACUGGAAAGGGAAAACAUGUUUCUUCAAAGACAAAUUGGCCAAUUGAAAAGUAUUCCGAAAGCAAAAAGAGUUUCUAAUAGGUCGUCUGCGACAUUUGGCAGCAAUACUAGGCCCAGGAAGACAUCGGCUGCCGCUUCUCCGAGUGCCACUAGUUCGAGAAAGUCCAGCCAGAGGGCAUCGGAAGUAUCGACAUCAAGCAGAAUCAGCAGCGCCACCUUGAGAUCUGUACCCUUGUAGAACAUUUUAGUUAACAGUUAUGGGAAAAACUUGCCUAGUCAAACACAAAUUCAUCUUGCUCGGAAGCAUAACCGCAUUCUACUGCUACGCGAAAAACUGAAAUUUCCCUAUUGGAACUUCAAAGCUUGAUUUGAUUAAGAGUUGCAUCUUUCUCUUACUCGCUCGUUUGUUUUUUUGUUCCGACCAUUGAAAAUGGGGAGGAACUUUGUAUUCGGGUGCGUUUUAGUUUUUUUUCUUUUUGUUUUCUAUGCAAAACUAGGUACCACAAA